UCUCUCUCUCUCUCUCCCGCGGUUCAGGCAGAGAGGGACAAUGGCGACGACGGAAGGAGUGGGAACGCAGGAGCCGGCGCAGCCGAAGCCGGAGAAGCUGAACCAGGCGCUGCAGCAGCAGCUCAAUCUGGACUCUCUCCGUACCCGAGCACUCGGACUCUUCAAAACCGUCUCCCGCGUCCUCGAGGACUUCGACGCCAUGGCCCGAGCCAAUGCCUCCCCUAAAUGGCAAGAUGUUCUGGGGCAGUUUUCAAUGGUUAAUCUUGAACUGUUCAAUAUUGUGGAGGACAUAAAAAAGGUCUCCAAGGCAUUUGUAGUACAUCCAAAAUUCGUAAAUGCAGAGAACUCAACAAUACUACCGGUCAUGCUGUCAUCUAAGCUUCUUCCAGAAAUGGAAGCAGAGGAUACCUCUAAGAAGGAACAGCUAUUACUUGGGAUGCAGAACCUCCCAAUACCAACACAGAUUGAAAAGAUAAAGAACAGAAUUGACAUGAUUGGAGCAGCUUGUGAUAGUGCUGAAAAGGUUAUCGCAGAUAUUCGUAAAGCUUAUGGCUUGGGUUCUCGUCAAGGGCCAACCGUGCUUCCCACCUUAGACAAGGUCCAGACUGCAAAGAUUCAAGAACAGGAGAACAUUCUCCGAGCUUCGGUGAAUGUUGGUGAAGGAUUAAGAAUAUCUGGGGACCAAAGAUAUCUUCCUUCUGUGCUGCCAGCACAUCUCGCAGAUGUUAUAGCUAGUGGUGAUGGUGGCCAAAAUUUAACAGAUGCUUCUGGUGUUUAUCCAAAGAGUGCUACUCCCAGUUUGCCUCCAAGCAACCUUAACAGCCAGGGUCCUGUUAUGCAGGCGUCAGGAGCCCAAAUUGUUGGAAGGUCUGUUCCUUCUCCAUCUGGAGCUUCUUCCUUUGACAAUACAACCACAUCUCCAUUAUCUUAUGCCAACUCACCAAGACAAGCAACAAGCCUGAUGAAUGCACCAUCACCCCAGCAGCAGGCACAACAGCAGCAAAGGCAGAAGCUUGGGCAGUUGCCACCACAUCAGCAACAGUUGCUUUCUCAACAACAGUUCAGGCAGUCAUCCACACCAGGAUUAGUGCAGAACACAAUGCCUCAGCUACAUGACCUACAUGGGCUACAACCGAAGUUCCAAGCAGUACAUGGCCAACAUCAACCACAAUAUUCACAGUCUCUAGCACACCAGCAAUUCCAGAGCAGGCCGUUGCAACCUGGACACAUCCAACAAAAUAUUACACAGGGACAAAUUAACCAAGGAAAUCAACUGAGAAGCCAUAUGGGCCAGUUUCCAGGAACUACAAAUAAUGCACUGUUCAAUGCUGUUCAGACAUCGCAGAGCUCUCAAAUGCUCUCCAACAUGUCAGCUGCUAUUCCAUCACAGACAUUGCUUCCAAGAAUGCAGUUUGGUCCUACUGGUGGACAUACACAGCGACCUCAUGCUUCUCAGAUUCUAAGUGACCAAAUGUUUAACAUGGGAGGAGCAAGCUCCACGAGCAUGAUGCAGAUGCAACAGCAACAACAUGGUGUGCAACCUGGAUUUGGUGGAUUACCUGCCAAUGCACAGAAUCUACAGUCAGGCUUAGUAGCUCUUCAAAACGCAUCUCAAAAUCCCAACUUCCCUCAGCAACGACAACCAUCACAGCAGUGAGGCCUCGCUUGAAACCAGAUUCUAUUAUGUUGUGCAGUUCAUUUUUCAAGUGUAAUUGUAUGAUAAAGUUUUUGACCAUUUGUUUAUAUGACUAAAAGCUUUUCUUCAUUUUCUGUGAGCUCUCUGUAGUUCCAAACAGAUUCUGUACUGCUAUGCAGUUGCAAGUUUAAAAUAUAAUGACAUAAUGUUGUUCACAAUCA